AUGAAGGUGCUGUCUCUUGCCAUGGCAUUUGUCUUUGCCGCACUUGCGGUAGCAGGAUCUAUGGAAGAAUCAUCUAGCAAUAAAUUAGCUGAAAGAGAGAGCGAUGAGUUUGAGCACAGCGCUGACUGGGAUGGGCCGUUAGUAAAGCAGCCGCUGGAAAUUCCAAACGAGGUGUACUUCAAUGCCUUGCUUCCGUGA